UAUAAGAACGGCGGGCGGCUUGCUUCUGCGCUGCUUCCAUUCAUCGCUUGCCCGGCUCCUUCGGCGCCUCGCUUGACGCCUCUCCAGCUCGCCCGCCGCGCCCAUCACCGUCGCCUCUGGCCGCGCGCUUCCCACGCCGCUCUCCUGCGCUUCCCUCGCGGGUGUUUUGUUCUCCUCCUCGGUGUUGGGAUAAGUAGUAUGACUAUUAGGUGUCGUCUUUCAGCCCGUCUUUCUAUGGAAAGUAAAGGGAGUCAGACUGUGGCGGUGUUGAACAAAUUUGACGAACGGGAUACCUUUAGAGAAUCCUGAUCAAACUUCCAGAAUCCUGACAUACUUGAAUAAGACGGGGGCAGAAUUCAUUUUUCUUGUCCUUUUGCUACAUCGGCACCCAGCAGUUUUUCUGCUGCCCUAGAGUCCAUAGUCUCCUCCAUAAAACCAGCGUUGAGCCGAUAAAAUGGUUGGAUUCAAGCCCACCGAUGUCCCUCCGACAGCGGCAGUGAAGUUUGUGGGAGCAGGCACAGCUGCCUGCAUCGCAGACCUGAUCACCUUCCCCCUGGACACUGCUAAAGUCAGGCUGCAGAUCCAAGGAGAGAGCAAGCUGGCCAUCACAGCCAAGGCGGCCCAGUAUAAAGGGGUCUUUGGCACCAUGGCCACGAUGGUGAAGAAUGAAGGGCCUCGCAGCCUCUAUAAUGGCCUGGUGGCCGGCCUGCAGCGUCAGAUGAGUUUCGCCUCGGUUCGCAUCGGGCUGUACGAUUCGGUGAAGCAGUUCUACACCAAGGGGUCUGAGCAUGCUGGCAUUGGCAGCAGACUCCUUGCGGGAUGUACCACCGGAGCAAUGGCCGUGGCAGUGGCCCAGCCCACGGACGUGGUGAAAGUGAGAUUCCAGGCCCAAGCCCGGAUGGAGGGAGCCCGGCAGUACCAGGGAACACUGGAUGCCUACAAGACCAUUGCCAGAGAGGAGGGCAUCAGAGGCCUCUGGAAAGGGACUUCCCCUAACAUCACACGGAAUGCCCUCGUGAACUGUGCUGAGCUGGUGACUUAUGACCUAAUAAAGGACACACUUCUGAAAUACAACCUUAUGACAGAUAACCUCCCGUGCCACUUUACCUCUGCAUUUGGGGCUGGCUUCUGCACAACCGUCAUCGCCUCCCCAGUUGAUGUGGUGAAGACCAGAUACAUGAACUCUGCCCCUGGACAAUACGGAAGUGCCGUGAACUGUGCCCUCACCAUGCUCCGAAAGGAGGGGCCCCUGGCCUUUUACAAAGGCUUUACACCCUCGUUUUUGCGGCUGGGAUCCUGGAAUGUGGUGAUGUUCGUGACCUACGAGCAGCUGAAACGUGCCAUGAUGGCGGCCCGUGGGUCUUGGGAGGCCCCCUUCUGAGCCAGCUGAUGGGUGCAGUUUGCAGGUCUCACAGACACAAGCUGGAGUUCUCUUCUGUCGCUGUACUCUACCUCUCUGUAGAACUCCACCCUCGUUUUUACAACUCUGCUUUUUUGUCUUGCGUCUUACAUGGUCUUGUGAAUAAGAGCUGACUCUCCUCAUCUGUAGGGAUGCAACUUCCAGUACAGGGGUUCCCAAACUUGGUCCUAAGGUGAUGGUGGACUACAACUCCCAUUAUCCCCAGCCAUAAUGACUAAAGGGAUGAUGAGAGUUGUAGUCCAGCAUCUCAUCACCUAGGUUGGAAAAGCCCUGUUCUAGUGCAUUGUGGAGGAUAUACUAGGCUUCUGUUCUUAGUGAAUGUCUUGGUGUGUUUCUGUCCACUUUGCCCACAUUUUUCCCCCUUCCCUGCCUGUUGAAAUGGGAGCAGGUUCUGGAGAAUUUAGGUCCUGGAGCUCAACUGGCAUAAGGCUGCAUGUAUUCUUCACCCCUUCAGCUCUUCUGCAUAGGUGCAGACUAAUGUUGACUUGUUCUGUUAAAGGUGCUUUAAGACUAAGCUGGAGAUCUCCGUUGGCCAACUGCCUUGCAUUCUUAAUUCCUGGAGGGGAGCAAUGCUGGAAUCCGGCAAGGGCAUAGUCGCCCAGAGAGUAACUUUGAGUACAGUUUUCGAGACCCAGUUUGGGUUCUGCUGGUCCCCUAGAAAGGCCCCUUGAGGGGGUCCAAAGCCCAGCAUGGGCUGGCAGGAGCUGAAGCCACCCCCUGCAUUCCUUCUCAGAGCUUGAUUUUUCUAAAGCAGUUCUGCUCCAGGCAAGGUUCCUCUUCCGGAGCCCCACUGGGAGAGAAACUGCUAAAAUGUGGGGUGGGAUAUGGGGGAGCCGUGUAAGCAGGGUUGGGUCCCCUCCCCGCCAACAUGCUGAACUUGGUCUCUUUUAGUCUCUCUGUCACUUGGUGACAAACUGGAUUCUGCACACCAGUUUGCUGCAGUCACCUCCUAGUUUGAAAAUUGUAAACCAGCCCGUUAAAGACGAGGGAUCCAGGGUGCUUGCUGGGACACUUGCCAGACUGGACCCCCAUCUCAAAUGAUCUCCCCCUCCCGCCCCACUCCACCAGUGCCUCUGUUUUCAUCUGCCCUAUUCCUAGCUCUCCCUGGAGUAAAUCUGCAGCAUAUACGUGAAGUUCUGGGCAGUUGCACAACAAAUUUGGCCUAAAGACUGCCACGAACUGAAGAUCGUAUGAAUCUGCCUUCAACGUAUGUCUUUCAAGUCAUGCAUAAUUCAAUGGCUUUUAAAACCUGCUGAGUUUCCUAGGAGGGUCCUGAACAGAGAGUAAUAUUAGAAUUACAUAUGGGGAUUUAAGUACAAACGAAAGUGACUACUGUGAUAAGGAGACAACCCUUAUCAGCAAUGUCUUUUUAAAGAAAAACCUUCAUCUUUAUAUGGAGGAAGGAAAAGACACAAGAUGGGAGGACUGGACCCUCCCCCUCCACUGCUAAGUGCCUGUCUGAGGCUGGGAUUAAGUGGGGGGCAGGUCUCCGAUACUGGGCAUUCAAACCAAAUGGCCACAGCUUUGGGGGAUGUGUACAGUGUCUAGGUGGGGAGAGGCACUCUCUAUGGAACCAAUGGCUGCCCUUGGGGCGCGUACUCAUUGCCCCACUCCUGCCUCUCACGACAACUCUUGCAGGCUCUUAUAUGGUUUCAGAAACCGGUUGCGACACGCUGGUGUCUGCUUCCUGGGAGCUGAUGCCUCUGAAAUAACUCUGAACUCUUCAAUAGGGGUUCCCAACUUUGAGUCCCCCGAUGCUGGACUACAGCUCCCAUCCACAUUGGGGGGCCCCAAAGUUGGGAAUCCCCCCAACUCCCAUCAUGCCGUGCUACAACUAAUUGUAGCAUGGGGUGAUGGGAAUUGUAGUCAGAAGCAGGGGCUCCUUGGCUUACCAACCCCUGGCAUAGGAUGCAGCAGAUGCUGUGGAUUUCCUUGAUCGGUUCCUCCUUAGCCCCGCUGUUCAGCCUUCUCUCAUAGAGCAAGUUGAGUAUUAUCCACUUCCCUCUCCUCUGGUAGGGAGGGACAGAGGGAACUGUGAUACCACCCUCCUCUUUGGCCUAUCUAAAGGCAACAGGACUCUGUGGACUGGGCGGCCACCAUUAAUAGUCUUAGCGGUCUCGUCCACAUGCCUGGCCUGGAAGUGUGGAUUAAAUCUCUGCAGGGCUUAAUCUUAAGUACUGGUGUCUCUUUGUUUGUGUGUCUCUGUAUUUAAAUGGAAACGGUACCUAUAGACCUAAUGUGUGUUACCUUUCUGUGAUGCUAUCUGUGAUGGUGAAAAGCAGUGAUGAAUUCUUUUUUUUUAAACCUUUGCUAUGCAUGUCUGUUUUUUUAAAUAAAGCUGAAAUAGAAAGCGAA